AUGGAGAAGGUCCUCUCCUUUCUGAAUAGCGCUACUGAACCAUGGUUGAGCUUUGGACAUUUCUCCUCAGCCUUUGUGGACAUUCACUCCAAGUUCAUCUUCCUGAGUGCAGUGGUUGUGCUUCUUUUGUACCUGAGGUACCGGACGCUGAAACCAUUCCUACCCACACAGAACAAUCAAGACAUCAGACAGCAACAGGGCAAAGCUAAGAAAGGACGGAGAGCAUCGUUUAAAGAAUUUAGAAUCUUCCACAGAGAAGCUCAGGAGAGGAGGAAGCUGCUGUCUGUUGUGCAAAGCCCUUUUGGACAGCGGUAUGAUGCCUCCCACUUUCGGCAAGUGCUUUGUCCGGAUCCCUGCUGUGACGUGUGCAAUGGAGCAACAGCUAAGGUCCGUCGUCUGCUCUCAUGGGCCACCCUGGAAGAUGGGAAUGCCUCUGUGUCCAGCAUGGCUUCCACUUCCAUGACUGAGACCUCAUUUACCCUGACCCCUCCACUCUCACCAAGCCCUCCAGAGCGCCAAAUUUCAUCCCUCCCACCUGCUCCUCCUCCUCCCUCCACUGUCUCAUCUAACAAAGACACCCCUUUGGAAGACAUAGUUUUGUACGCACCACAAGGUGACUCUCUGCCGUCAGAGCCUCUUCUCACCAGGACUGACUUCCCACGGGACCACAUCCCACCCCCCACAGUUCCUCCUGCAUCACAGUCCCCUACUCCUCAAACAGAAGGGUCUUUGCCACCGGAAAUCAUUCCUUCCAUGGUGGCCAGGCUGAGAGAGCGGUUCCUCAGUGCCACAACAGACAAGGAAGCUCGUGGUAACAUACCAAGGUUCUCCAGGUCACAGUCUAGAAGCUUGGUUAACUCCCACUCUUCUGACGGUUUUUCAGGGGGACAAACCACAGUCUAUUUCACAAUGCCUGGGAAACCCUCUUUUCCCAGCCCCCAAGUCCUGGCAUUGCUUGAGAGACAAGGCAAAAGUCAGGCUGACUUCCUUACACUGGAAGACAAGGAAGGAAAAGCAGAAUCUUUCCCAAAAGUACUGACAGCUUGGCCGGAAAUCCCAGAGCCUGAGUUGCAGAGCUCAGGAGGCUCCCUUCCUCUGGGGGGCAGCAAAGACAGGCUCAGUGAUCUGGUUGUGCACCAGGGGCUUGCUCAGGCUCAAAUCUCUGAAGACCAGUUAGAACCCAAGCCUACCCAGCACUUCUGGGGUCUCCCAUAUCUCCACAGCGAGUCAGUGCACACGAUCACUACCCUGUCAGCUCACUGCUCCUCCACAUGCAUCUGGUUCAACAGAAUCCCAGACUCCUCGGCCCUGACUCACCCCACACCUCUGUCCUUGCCUGGGAGUCAAUCUCAGUCCCAGGGUGUCCUGCUCAACACAUCCCAGACCCAGCUUCAACCUGCAAUCCCAAUGCCACCGUCUUCCUCUCAGUCUCAGAUCACAAUCUGUGAGGUGUAUUUUCAUAGAUCCCAAGGAGAGACAAAAGCUCUACUGCAAUCUGAAAUCCACCUCCUGACAAAGGGACAGGAGAGGGCGUGGAGUUUACCCUCGGUGGUCCAAAAAUCUCAGGAAAAGUUUUGUCUCCUACCUUCCAAGCCAUCGUUGGUCAGGCGGUCCUCCAAGACCCAUGCUCCCAAGUCCGUUCCUUCUGGAAACUUCCCCCUGACUGAUGCAUUCCGGAAGAAACUCGAGAACCACCUUCGAAAGAGGCUCAUCCUGCAGCGCUGGGGCCUCUCUGAGAGGAUCUUCAAGUCUCAGCCAUGGAUGAAUCCUGACCCUGAAGAAUCAUCUAUGAGCAACCAUGGGCUCUCACAGGUCUCUGUCUUUCAGCACCAGGACAGCAAAGACCCACACAACACUGUGUCAAACCAACCUGGAAGCUCCCAGGAGAGGUGUUCAGAGAGUCAGUCUCUAGAGAAAAAAAUGGAAAAGACACAAGGACAGAACUCAGAGGCUGUCCAAAGAAAUCUAUGGGAUAACUCCAAGGGUGCUCUAGAUAAUGGCCUGCAAUCUGACUGUCAGAAAAACCCACAAUGCCACUCAAGUAGUCUGUCAGGCAAACCUUCAGGGACCUCACAGGUGAGCCAAUAUCGGAAAAAACUUGAAACUGCCCUGCAAAAGCAUUUGACCAGGAAUCUCAAUGAAACAAACAAGGGUCAGAUAUCGGACACCAGGUCCAGAUCAGGGUAUCAUCCUCCCCCUUUUACUUCACAAGUGGGCAAGGAAGAGCAUGAGGCUCAGAGACAGUCACCUUCUGACAAGAAGGAUGGACGUGUCGAGAGCAAGUAUAUAAUGGCCAAGUCUGUGCUGCAACAGACAUCCAUUAUCUUAGACAACAGAAGCCUGAAAGAGUCAGAGAGCAAUAAACACAGCCCAGAUGUGCCCAGAAUAGCCAAUGAGGCUGGCCCUGUUUCAUUGGGUAAGAGACCCAGCAAAACAGUCUGGGGGCCUCAAGGAACAAAGGUGAAUGACAAAGGCAUAUUUGUAUCCAACAAGGUCAGUAACAUGGUCAAAGGAGGGCAGUUCAGUGGUCUUCAACCACAACCUACCAAGAUCUUGAACACCAGCCAGUGCAAGAGUACAACAAAAGUACAAAGUACUCUGGUAGCUGGAAGGGCCCUGAAGGAAACAUCAGGUCCCCAGGAAAGUCAGAUAUCUGACUGUAAUAAUCCGGUAUCCAGGGAAGAGAAAUUCAAAUCAGAAAGCAGACUGCCCUUCCAAGUUCUAGGGUCCCCAAAUAAAAAGCUCCCUGCCUCAGAUGAAUUCACUUGCAAACCUUUCCCCAUCCAUGGCCAGAGCCCUUCCAGGGGGCCCAUGGAUGCUUCUCCAGUACAGCGACAGGAGACCUGGAUGCCUCCUCACGCCUUAGGCAAAGGCCAGAACAAGGACAUCCCUCCAUCUGCCAAGAAAUUAUGGCCUGAACCAUGGAAAACCGAAGAGCCUGGGACAGGGGUUGCAAAGCCUAGGACAUUACAGGCCAAUGGGAAGAGCUUCCAUGCACAGGACAGUCCAACCCAAGGGAGCUAUGGGGAGAAGGCCUCACAACCCCUGCCAGCAAAGGCACAGACUCCCCCUGAAUACCAGUUCAGAAAGCACUUCAAACAAUUUCUGCAACGGCUUUCUCCUGACAGAAAAUGCAAAGGACAGGAAAUGUUGCCGAGAAAAGACACUUCCCCAUCAUCACCAGUGCAGCACCCAGAACUACUUAGGGGGAGAGCUACCUUUCCUGGGAACACCAUAGCUCAGAAAGCCAUGAGAGACCCUGGGAAGGUCCCCAAGGAGCAACUAGGGCAUAGUUAUGGUGCAGCAGAUGCCACGCGUCCCCGUGUGCCUUUAACUCCUCCUACCAAGCCUGUGAAAACUAAGCCAAAGAAAGAGGGUUGGGUCCCAGCAGAGCCAGUCCAGGGGAGUCUGUUCCACCACCAAGCAGCCUACCCUAAAGUGCCGAGUCCCAAGUCCUACCACCAGGCCACUGCUUUUGUUGGUCAAAAGAGAUGGGUGGAAGACAGGGACAGACAGCCCCAGAGAGGUGUGGUUUCACAGCCUCGCUCACCUACACCCUCUGUGGGGCCAGAGGCACACCGAAACUCCCCCUCGAGGAGAGUUGGACAAGUUCCUCGGGCAGUGCCAUCCCUGGCUGUAGGAACUGUGUUGGCAGACUUGUCCCGGCUAUGUGAGCAGAAAAUUAUGGCUCAGAAUUUCAGUGGAAAAGGUUUUCUUCCCCAGAAAUAA